AUGAGUACAACUGCUGUUGGUCAGCAGAAUCAACAGCAGGAGCAACAACAAUCACAACAACAACGUGGAGCAGAGAAUGGUGUUCAGCUACAGCUGGUACAACCCUUAAACUCUGAUAAUAAUAAUAUUCAAGUGGUUUGUAGAUUCAGACCAAUGAAUGAUAUGGAAAAAACACAAUCGGAAAAACCAAUUGUUGAAUUUGGAGAAAACCAAAAUUGUACUAUAAAAACUAGGAGAUCUGUACAUAAUUUUACAUUUGAUAGAAUUUUCAACUCUGAAACAAGGCAAGAAGACAUUUUUAAUGUGGUAGGAAAACCAGUGGUUGAAGAUGUUUGCAAGGGAUAUAAUGGAACUAUUUUUGCUUACGGUCAAACUGGUUCAGGCAAAACAUUUACAAUGAUGGGAGCUGGAGACUCGAUAUUAGGUUAUUCAGAACAUCCAGAAUUUAAAGGUGUGAUCCCAAGAUCUAUUGAUUAUUUGUUUAGAUAUUUAGAAAGUAAUUCUGAAAUCAAGUUUGCUGUCUCAAUGUGUUUCGUUGAGAUUUAUAUGGAAAGAAUUAAGGAUUUACUCGAUCCAAGCAAAAAGAAUUUAAAAAUUGAAAAGCGAGAACCAAGAGGAAUUAUUGUUAGUGGAGCAAGAGAGGAGAGAGUAACAAGUGCAAGAGAAAUUUAUCAAUUAUUAAAAAUUGGAGCUUCAAACAGAGCUAUUGCAGCAACAAAAAUGAACGAGGAAAGUUCAAGAUCUCAUACAAUACUAAUUGUAAUGGUUAGUCAGAAAAAUAUUACAACCUCAGAAACCAAGUUUGGUAAACUGAUUCUUGUCGAUUUGGCAGGUAGCGAAAAAGUUAAAAAAACAGGGGCUAGUGGUUCAACUCUGGAGGAAGCAAAGCAGAUCAACAAAUCGUUAUCUGCACUAGGAAUGGUUAUUACAGCUUUAACAGACGGAAAUUCAAAACAUGUACCAUAUAGAGAUUCAAAACUCACAAGAUUACUUCAAGAUUCAUUGGGUGGUAACUCAAGAACAACUCUUGUGAUAAAUUGUUCGUUCAGCUCAUUCAAUGAGGAGGAAACUUUGUCUACAUUGAGGUUCGGUGAAAGAGCAAAGAAAAUCAAAAAUAAGGCAAAGGUCAACAGAGAGCUGACUGCCAAAGAGUUGAAGCAAAUGUUAGAAAAGGCGAAAGAAGAGGUUAACGAACUUAGAGAUAUUAUAACAGGACUGAGAAAUAAGCAAAUUGAAGAAUCAAGAAAGUUUGAUGAGGAAUUAUUAGAAAAUUCUCAUAUCAAACAAGAAAUUGAAGUUGUUACAAAAGAAAAGGAAAAACUGAAGGAAAUCAUAGAGGAAAUGAAUGAGAUUACUGUCAAACAAAGUACAAAAACUUCUAGACAUAGAUCCAUUUCCAUAUCGAGUUCUCAAAAACUUUUUAAUCCAAGAAGACUGUCAAUGUUCGUUUCCAGAUCUGCAACUUUGUUCGAGAGUGGUGGAGACUCUCCAAUGAGUGCUUGCACUGCAAACGAUACGAGCGAAGCAAUCUUUGAUCAAACAGGGUCAGAAACCUCAUCGAUAGGUGAUGACGAAGGAACAGACUAUGCUGAGCUUUUUGAAAAAAUGGAAGUUGAACGAGAAAAGACAGAAUCAAAGAAUAAGGCCCUACAAUCUCAAGUCUCGAGUCUUACAGCUGACAAUUUUGAUAUUGAACAGAAAAAUAAGGAACUGAAAGAGCAGGUGAGAAUUCUGGAGGAAAUAAAUAAGGAAAUGGAACAGGAACAUAUUAGAAUGCAAGAAGAGCUAUUACUUAAACAAAAAUCUCUAGAUUCUCUGGAAGAAGAUUUGAAAAAGUCCAAAAAAAACGAAACCAAAUGGAAGAAGGAAACAAUGGAACUAAGCGAAGUAUUCAACAAAACUGUGCAAAGCAAAGUCCGAGAGUCUGUCAGAAAUCAAAAUAGUUUAUCUGGAAAUAAUAAGGUUGUGGAAAUGCUGACGUUAGAAAUCAAAGCUCUCACAAGUCAGGUGUCCUUCUUCGAUGUGGCUACCAGAAGUGCUUUCCGAGAGAAGUUUGGAACAUUGGCUUACUCAAUCUCAAAGAGUGGCGUUGUAAAACCAGAAGAAAUUUUCCCUAUUAACAAUACUGGAGCAGCUUCUCCAAAUUCCAAAGAAAGAGUAUUCACUAUUAAUUCAAGUUUAAAACAGUAA